AUGAGUUUUAUAUGUUUUAAGGUUAUAAAUAACAAAAUAAUCAUGAAAGAUAGAAACGAAAGUCUUAAGGCUUUUAAAACAUUAUGGAUCCAAUUUGAUAAAGAAGCUAUUGAUAAGCACCAACUAUUUUUCAAAGAACAUUUGAUUAGAAAUCAAGAACCUAAACAUCCCAAAGGAAGGACAUUGUUUAUAUUAAAUAUCCCUCCUUAUGUUACAUCUACAGUGUUACAAAAUAUAUUUGGUAAUCUAUGUGGAACUGUUUCCAAUGUUUACUUUACAACUCCCAAAGGAUUCAAAACAGCCUAUAUAGUUUUUAAAAAAGAAUCUGAUUUAGAAAAAGCAUUAGAAAUUUCUGAUAAACAUGUAAUAAUAUUAAGUAGCGAAAAUAAUGAUUAUGAAACAGGAUUGUCAAAAUGGCGUAAGGAAUAUAAUCAUUCAGUAAUUAGUGAGAAAAGUAUGAAGAUAGAAAUAGAAGCUUAUAUGCAAGAUUAUGACAAAAGAAUUGCUGAGAAAAUAGCAAAAGAAAAAGCUAUGGAGGAAGAAGCAAAAGGGAAUGAUGGCUGGGUAACUGUAACAGGACGAAAGAAAAGAGGACAAUUUGCGCUAUCUAGGAAAGAAUCUACUAUUAAUAAAGUACAACACAAAGAAGAGCAGAAAAAUAAGAAAAAACAAUUGCUUAACUUUUAUACUUUCCAAAUUCGUGAGAGUAAAAAACAAAAUUUGGCAGAGUUAAGAAGAAAAUUUGAAUUAGAUAAAAAGAGAUUACAAGAUCUAAAAUCUAAAAGGACAUUUAAACCAUUUUAA